AUGAGCGUCCUUUAUACUAACCUAGAAGACUUGAUCGCCAAGAACAAUCACAGGUAUGAGGAAGCCAUAUUGGAUGACUUGGAGGCAGCACCCCAGAGUAUGUCUUUUCGAGGCUACCUCACACUCUCACAAGCUCUGCCGUGGUUUCAUUCUAAACUUUCAGAUCUUGAUGCUGAUGACUGUGAAGAUAUGUUGAAAAAGAUUAAAAGAGGAGCUGAUGCGGCCCAUGGUGAUGAUACUUCCACCCUUAAGGACCUCAUCGCUACCUGGGUUAAUCAGGAUUUUCACCUGUCGCCUCUACUCCGGUCUAACAACAAGCAGCUGCGCGGCUUCGCACAUGAUGUUUGUGGGAAUUUACUAUGCCCUACUGAGUGGGACUGGAAUGAUAACCGCGUGAAGGCCAGUAUUCACGAUAGAACAUCAGACUUCAUUGUAUUGGAAAAUUCCUGGCCGUGGUUCGUGUACGAGAACUACUCGUUCAAUGUUAGUGACCUAGAGAAAGGUCUUUUCAAGUCGAAAAUCCUCGUUCAGGCUUUCAAAGCCAUAUUUACAUCGCCAUCUUCUGCAAGAGAAGCUGAUGGCGAUGGCGAUGGUGCCGACAUCCUCGAGAAUAACAGGUGUGCUUGUCAGGCAUUAAAUCAAGUCAAGGUCAAAAUGUGUGUGGCCUCCAUUAUCAACAUGAAGAAAGUCACCCCUCGCUCCAUCGCUUAUAUUGUUUGUCAAGUUCGUUUUGUGCUAUCCAGUGUCUCAUCUUGGCACACCAUCGAUGGGGACUUCGACUAUGAAGGAUUCUGGAAUAAUAUUGUUGACUUCUUUGAGGAUCCCUGGCCCUGUUGCACAAUGAAGAUUUUUGGAAAAAAUCACCGUGAGGAUCUCACACCUGAAGUUGUGUCUCAGAUGUCUGUUACAGCGCUGGCAGAACAGAGAAGGGCACAAGAGGAUGCUGCAUUCAAUUCGGAGUAG